UCCAUCCAUCCAUCCAUCCAUCCAUCCAUCCAUCCAUCCAUCCAUCCGUGGCCUCUGUGCCAAGCCUGGAGCCCGCACUACCCCUGGACUGGGGAUGAACGAGGCGUCUGGGGCCGACGGGAGGCGAGGGGCCUAGGUUCCGACCGGCGGGGUGCCCUCGGGUGGGAUGCUAUGGAAUAUGAUGAGAAGCUGGCCCGGUUCCGGCAGGCCCAUCUCAACCCCUUCAACAAGCAGCUGGUGCCAAGGCAGCAUGAGCAGAGGGCCAGCGAGGAGGCCCCAGACUUCGCUUCUGAAGAGGCCCUGCCUGAGUUGCCCCCUGGAGAGCCAGAAUUCCACUGCACUGAGCGAGUGAUGGAUCUCGGCCUUUCUGAGGACCACUUCUCCCGCCCUGUGGGUCUCUUCCUGGCCUCUGACAUUCAGCAGCUGCGGCAGGCCAUCGAGGAGUGCAAGCAGGUGAUUCUGGAGCUGCCCGAGCACUCGGAGAAGCAGAAGGAUGCCGUAGUUCGGCUCAUCCACCUCCGGCUGAAACUCCAGGAGCUGAAGGACCCCAACGAGGACGAGCCCAACAUCCGAGUCCUCCUCGAGCACCGUUUCUACAAGGAGAAGAGCAAGAGUGUGAAGCAAACCUGUGACAAGUGCAACACCAUUAUCUGGGGGCUCAUUCAGACCUGGUACACCUGUACAGGCUGUUAUUACCGCUGUCAUAGCAAGUGCUUGAACCUCAUCUCCAAGCCCUGCGUGCGCUCCAAAGUCAGCCACCAAGCGGAAUACGAGCUGAACAUCUGCCCCGAGACAGGGCUGGACAGCCAGGAUUACCGCUGCGCGGAGUGCCGGGCGCCCAUCUCUCUGCGGGGCGUGCCCAGCGAGGCCCGGCAGUGUGACUAUACCGGCCAGUACUACUGCAGCCAUUGCCACUGGAAUGACCUGGCUAUCAUCCCUGCACGAGUUGUGCACAACUGGGACUUUGAGCCGCGCAAGGUGUCCCGCUGCAGCAUGCGCUACCUGGCACUGAUGGUGUCUCGUCCAGUCCUCAGGCUCCGCGAGAUCAACCCUCUGCUCUUCAACUACGUGGAGGAGCUGGUGGAGAUCAGGAAGCUGCGCCAGGACAUCCUGCUCAUGAAGCCAUACUUCAUCACUUGCAAGGAGGCCAUGGAGGCACGUCUGCUCCUGCAGCUCCAGGACCGGCAGCAUUUUGUGGAGAACGAUGAGAUGUACUCUGUCCAGGACCUGCUGGAUGCGCACACGGGCCGCCUCAGCUGCUCGCUCACGGAGACCCACACACUCUUUGCCAAGCACAUCAAGCUGGACUGUGAGCGGUGUCAGGCCAAGGGCUUCGUAUGCGAGCUCUGCAGAGAGGGUGAUGUGCUGUUCCCCUUCGACAGCCACACGUCCGUGUGCACCGAGUGCUCUGCUGUCUUCCACAGGGACUGCUACUAUGACAACUCUACCACGUGCCCCAAGUGUGCCCGGCUCACCUUGCGGAAGCAGUCACUCUUCCAGGAGCCUGGUCCAGAUGUGGAUGCCUAGAGCAGCAGGCACCCCCCCCGCCCCACCCCAAGCCUUUCUGGCAUCCAACCUGCUGGUCAUUGCCAAAGUCAAGGUGUUUUUUGUGUUCUGGAGACCCCAAGGGUGCAGCCCCUGGACGUCUCCCUUGUGUUGGGCCGGAGGGGUGUAAGCAGCACCAUGAGGCCCGUCAUCUGUCUCCCAGGCAUUUGCUGGGAUGUGGUGCAGCCUGGCUCUUUGCUGGGUGUGCUGCUGUGAGGGCUUCAGGGCUCCGUAAGCAGGGGAGUGGGCAAAGGGCGUCUCACCUCCCCGGUGGCAAAGAGCCUUGGGGCCGAGGCUGCUGGGCUUUGGCCACCCUGAAAACCCAGAGAGGACUUUGGGGGAGUGGCCAACAAACCCUGGGGAUGCUGGCUACAUACACCCAGACGUGGCCUGAGGAAAAUCUGCAAUGGAUGAUUUGGAUCUACCUGGAGGCUCCCAUCCCCCAGCUCCUUGUCUGUUUGGAGACUUCUAGUUGUCUCUGGCUGGGGUCGUCCACAACUGUCUCCUGAGGGCUCUGCCCCUGCCUCUUGAGGUUCUGUCUCUAGGUUCUCCUCUGACAGGAUCAGCCCAGGGGUUACCUGUUCUGUACAACGUGGAGGGAAGGGGGCCGUGGUCUCUUCCUCCUACUCCCCCUGCCGCUGCUCAGCCCAGCCUGCCCUGGUGCUCCAGGCUGGGUGGCUGGGGGUCCAAUUGGAAGAGGCUGUCCUGCUUCCCAGUUUGGAGCAGGGACUAUGCCCUUGGGGGAAUUCUAGGUUAGGCAACGGGGUUGGCAGCAGUAGGCCUGUGUGGCUCUUCUGGGAACUCUCUGCCUGAGGAGCUCCAUGCUGCUGCCACAGUGCCUGCGGAGGGCUCUGGACGGCCCAGAGACCACCAGCCAGUGGUCUUUUGCUUGGGGCCUGGAGGUGCUGGGAGUAUUUGCUCAAGGGAGCUUUGGGCAGGAAUCUUAGAGCCCAUGCGGGAAGCCUGGAGCACAGGAUGUGGAAGGUCCUGUACACCAGCUGACAAAUGGGACCCUUAGGCAGAGGGUGAGAAGCCACAGGUUCUUCACUGGUGGAGCCACAGUCAACCUCGGUAUUUGCAGGGACGUUUUGUGCUUUAGAGACCUUGCCAUUGAGGGGGGAGUCCUGUGGGAAGGGGACAUUUCAGGAUGUGGCUCUCCAGCCUUUUGUGCCCUCUUGCCCAGACUGUGGUCAGCUGUUGAUGCACAUGGUUAACAUACAUAUGUGGUGGGGGUGGGGUGGGCAGGGAACAUAGCCACUUGGGUAUCCAUCACCUUUGGCUAGGAAACCCAAGAGGAGAUGCUUCAGCCAGCAGAAAAGUCGUCUUAGCCUGCUGGAGGAUCAGAGGGGUGGCUAAAGACCGUGUCCCCUCCUCCUGGCUCUUCUGCGCCAUCAGAAAAGCCUCCGUUGGUGGCUUUAGGCAGUCCUCUCGCUGAGUGUUCUGAUCUGCCUUGGGGUAACAGUGAGAAGCAAACAUUGGUGAGGUUGGGUCAACAGGUCCCUGCCCUGCUUCCCCUUCCUCUCUAGGGCUGAAGAGGGGCUUAAGGUCCAGAUGCCCUUUUCCUGCACCCCCAGAUCCACACAUUUUCCACCACUGCUUUCCAUUUCUGUCAGAAGGAUACUGGCCAUUCCCGGCUUUACCGUGUAAUGGACGUCACAUCAUUGUAGUUACAAUCACCACGUCCAUAGAAAGCGUUAAUAAGUUGGCAUCUGCUGGACGAGGAGUUGGCCCCCUUUUCUUUUUAACAACCCUCAUUCCCUCCUCCCCCAAUAUCGCCAUCUUCCCCUUCUGGAUGACCGAGUCUUUAAACAAAAUCACGUGUGGGUCUUGGAAUCCAAGCACUGUAGCCAGAACCCACCAAAGAGCCAGUUUGCACGGCCAGCGCUUCACAGAAAAGCAGCAAGGGACACCUGGUUGUACUGAUGCCAUAGCCGCUGUCUCAUUAAAUCUGUGUUCUCUAGA